GCCGGCUUUGGGUUCCCGUAUUUAUUCAACUUGGACAACGAGGGCAUGAUGUUCCUUGAAUGCUACAGGGAACAGUACAGCACGUUUAUAUCCAUCGGGCUCGACACGCUGAACUACUUCAUCAAGACCUUCCUAAGUAUUGCUGCGCUGAAUGAGGGUAUCACAUAUGCACUUACUGCGUGGGGCGGCUUUUUCAUCGAGCUCCGCAAACCACGCAGCAAUUUCACCAAGCCGUGGCAGUACAUGCAAAAAGCCACCAAGUGCAUGUGCAAGCAGAUGGGUGACUAUCUCCGACCGAACGACAAGCACCAAUUCUUCGUUCUCUUUGCAUUCUAUCUCAUUUUCAUUGGAAUUGAGGUUUGCACCGGCGACGUGCGCAACUGGCGUGGCUUUAUGACCCAGUGCUCUUUACUCAUCCAAUCUUACGGAGGAAUUCUAAAGGUGACGGAUCUUUUUGGAUUUAGCAAUGACAUCAAGUGGCUUAUUUCGGACUUCAAGUUCCACGACUUACUUUCAUCAAAAUGCCUCCUCGAAGGACCGGUUUUCGCGGCUGAAGAAUACGAGCAAGCCUUAUUGCCUCGACCCGAGUACGGCAUAGAUCCACUUCAGGGGAUUGUGGGGCCGCUUUACGAUAUUAUAGGUGCCAUGGGCAAAGCCAGGGCUGAGCUCGGCCAAAAGUGGGCUUAUUUAGACCGCAGGGCCCGGGCCAAAGACCCACGCAUGCAGGAGCUCACUUUGAUAUACUACGAAAACACACAACGUGUCAUCGACGAGUUCAAGCACAAAAUCACUGAGUGCAAGCCUCUGCCGGUGCACCUCGAGUUGCUUCAGGAAGACGAACAGAACUGCAAAUUGCAUGUUGCUCUUUUUGAGCUCUACACGCAUGUAUGCAGAAUCCAGUUGGCGACAUCGCUCGAAAAAUCGCCCCCUAACUGCGUCCUGCAGCAGCAUUUGCUCCACCAAGCGCUUGGAAUCCUAGAUGUUUUGCAGGGAACCAAGUUCAAAGUUUCGCUUUCUUUGGCGUUGUUGGUGUGCGGCAUGACCUGUUGCACGGCGCACGACCGUGCCCUGAUGACGCAGCGGUUCCGUCUGCACCUGAACCAGUACGAAAUUGGCAAUUUGCAG